GCGGCGCGCGCUCGCACCAGGCCUGCAUCGGCUGCUCGCCGUCGCCGCCGCGGCCCUGAUGUGCAUGCUGCUGCAGGAGGCCCCGACGGAGCUGAAGGCCCAUCCCUCGCUGCAGGUCAGCCGGCGGCGCAUCAAGUACGCGGAGGACCACCCCCUGGUGGUCGCUGCAGCCCGCGUGGUGCAGACGCUGGAGGCCGAGGAGCGGAGGCAACAUCCCCCCGAGGUCGGUUUGCGGGGCGCGAGGGACCGUCUGGCGAUCAAGGAAAAGGAGAAGCAGGACGUCGACGAGCAGCUGGCCGAGGCGGAGGACCGCGUGGUGCAGCUCCGCCAACAGGCCAUCACACUUGCCGCCGACGUCGAAGUGUUGCAACGCGAAGUGUCGGAGGCGAUGGCGGCCGACACCCUCGCGACAGCGGGCCACCAAGGUCUGGACCUCGCGGCCAUGGCGACCAACACCCUCAACCUGCAGUCCCUCAUCGGCGGCGCGCAGUUCUCGGUCCAGGCUGGCCAGGGGAUCCAGCUGCUGCAGCCCAUCCACAACGAGAUCCAAGCCAUGGGCGUG